CAGAAUAUCAACUACAACACCACCUUCUACGCGCUACCUGUGGUCCUGGUUUCCGUUCAGCACUAUUACGACCGCAACAAGAAAAACAUCAUUCUACCAGAAAAUAAUAUUGUCACAGCAUGGGUGGAGGUAUGCUAGGUGAUACUUUUCUCCAAUUCUUCGCUUAUUUUUAAUUCUUGAACAUGCGGCGCAAAGUCAACUUCAUCAAAGCUACUUCUGUUCCAUUUCAGGAAGUUGGACUGAAAUCCAUGAUGAUUUGUGUCAGAGACUUGAGUGGGAUGGGGACAAAACACGAUCCUCUGUCGGUCAAUUAUAUUGUCACUGGAGGUGAGUGCGUUACAGGCAAAAUCAACGCUUCGAUGACUUCAGAGUAUGCAAGGAUGGCACAGAUGUUUAGUGCGCGGCUCUCGGUGCGUGAGAUCCCAAGCUCGAUCCCCGGUGACACUAUAUUUUUGUUUAUAACAUCUCUCCUUUCUGUGUAGCUUCAACUACCUUUAAAUACCCUUAAAAUGGAGCGUUGAUGGAAAGAGAGGGGUAAAAUGAGCGAGCCGUCGACUUUAAGAUUAUCGGUUGAAUUUCUGUCAAACGUUAUCGACGUAAAAUAUGGUUCCUUUGCCUUAACCUUUUUUUAAAAUCAUGUUCAGCAAGAGAGAAUAGCUCAAACGUUAUAAUUUUUUGUUUCAUAUACACUGCAUAUAUUAAAUAACUUACAACUUAGAAGGGAAACUGUUACCUAUUGGGUACAUUUACAUUUGGAGUUAACUGCGAACUGCUUUCAUGUCUGAACGAACUAAAUCAUUAGUUCUUAAACAAAAGCGUGCAUCUCCCAUACUUUGCUUAUGCGACGGCGAUUUCACAGAUCAGUUUAUUUUUAGCAUAAUUUUGUAGCACUACAAGGUUCCCUCGAAAUUGGAAGCACCGUCUCGUAUGCGUGCGUGUCCAUAGUACGCAUAUGCGUCCGCGUUCAUAGUACGAUAAUAACAAACAGAAAAAGUAAAUGCUGUCAAAACAUCAGAAACACUGUCUUCUAGUCUCUGCUUUUUGAUUAUUUAUUUGUAAGAAUUAUUUGAUGGUCAAAAUUCGAGGGAAAAUCGAACUAAAAAUAGACUGGUCUGUGAAUACGCCGUUGCAUGGACACAAGGGAGUUGCUCUCUCCGUGCUUAUGGACUCCUGGUGAAACUAUUGUGUUGGCAAGAUUAGGAUGCUCUGGUAGUAAAACUAACCUCACAUUUAAUUUCAAGCGUAAUCAAGCUACAUUAGUUUUUGUUUUUCAGACCUCGAUCCUUGCCUUAAUGUCGUUUGUCCGUCUUUUGGAGUCUGCAAGGCAUACAGUCCACAUGAAACACGCUGCGUGUGUUUCGAAGACUGCCCCACCUAUCAGGACCCAGUAUGCUCUGGGAGUGGAACAACAUACGACAACAAAUGCUGGCAAGAAUUGAGCUACUGCAAGGGACUGGAUAAUACCCUUGUCUACCAUCCUGGGAGCUGUGAAGGUGGGAAUAAUUGAUUUUUAGAGGGAAUUCUUAUAUUCAGGGUCCGUACUCUUUUGAGCUCUAUAAAUUCCCUUACUUUCCACGACUUUUUAUAGACCUUUUCAAGUUUUCCAAGACCUUAGGUUUAGUUGUCAGUUUCAAAAAGUUUUAAAAUUUCCCCCGUUUUGGGGUAUUUUUUUUUCUUAAACAGUUCAACAGUCACAAACUCUGGUGUUCACCAAAAUGCGUGCCGUUUGCGCUGUUUAAUUACUCCCCCCUAUCUUACAUUGUCCUUGCUUUGUCAUCUGCAGUAACUAAACCACCAAACAAAACUUUAAUUUUCCAUGACUUUCAAGGACCGACAAUUAAAUUCCAUGACUUUCCAGGCCUGGAAAAUAAAAUUCUUAAAUUCCAUGACUUUUCAGGUUUUCCAUGACCUGUACAAACCCUGUGUAUUUACGAUAGGAUGGUUCUUAGUCUCAUUUAUUCUUAAUACUCUUUUUAAAAGGUUUUCCAGUUGUUCAUGGCCGUGUUGACCUUCACCGAGCCCCAAAAUGGACAGAUUCCACCUGCCAGACGGUGUAUUUCCCGCCUUAUCGCUUUUAUCCGGAUAAACAAGUUUAUGUUCAAGUUACUGUUAAUCACGUGAAAUUGAAUGACUCCGUGACAGUCCACGAUGCCGUCACUUCAUGGACUGAAAGUGUUAACACCCAAAACUUUACAGUUUGCGUUAUGCAGGCAGGAAGAAAGAGUGGAGAAAUUCUUAAUCCCUUCGCGACAGUUGAUUGGCUGGCUUACCAAGGAGCACCACCCAAUGGAAUGACGGGAACGAUUAAGAUGCAAAAGUGGUGGUCUGGAACGAAAUGUGAACAUGUAGCUUUUCCCAGGGUAAAAUAACAAAAUUCUUUAUACCCUACUCGGAAAGGAGGCCAGAAGGCAGCACCCUGAAUACACUGAAUGAAGCAGCCUCGUUUUCACCUUGGUCACACUGUUAUUUUUAUUUAUUUAUUUAUUUAUUUUUCACACUGUUAUUUUGGCCUUGUCCCCCGUUCUCCAGGACCAAAGUGUUUUCUUGAACAAGACGGACCGUUGCCUUCAAAAAUUUGGAAUAAAAAAAAUUCUCUUCCAAGCUUUUUUAAUGAAUAAUUUUUUGGGAUUUUAUUAUUGUUACGAACGGCAAAUGAUUGUCUUUGCUGUACUAUGGGAGUCACUUUAAUAGCUAGGAUCGGACGGCGCACAAAACGGAUUCUGUACAAUUUUCGGACGAUAAAUGUCUAACCUCAGAUUCUCUAAUCUUACGCAGAACAAGUUUGAGGAUAUACCUCUUGUUCUUGUGACCGCGGAACACGUGAGGACUGGAAAGGAGUAUGAUGCAUCCCUUAUAUGGACAGAAGACCCAAAUAAGGACUCAUUUAAAGUCUGUCUUCGUGAAAUGCAGAACUUUGAUGGAAAACAUGAAGACAUUACCGUGGUAUGUUCUCGUUUUAAUGUUUCAAAAAUCUUAUUUUUAAAAAAGUUAAAUAUAAAAUGGUGGAAUAUGAUCGUCCCGUUGAGUGUAGUCCGUGGGUCAAUUAAAUAAAACUUUUACAAGUCACAGGGUAAUUAACAGGUGUAUUAUCCUUUUACAAUGUUAAGACUCUCCCUUCACAAUACUCACAUGUUGAACCCCUUGACGUAAUAUGACCACCUUACAUCCAAAACAAGCUUUAGAGGAAUUAUAUCUCCUAGAAAAAAAGAAGCUGAAAAUUCUAAGAAGUCGAACUAUUCUAGAACAAAUAACUUCCAAAAGCUUCAUUGCGCGAACAGAAUUCUCAAAACGUACCAGUUUUAAGCCAGUGAGCACAAACGAGGCAGGUGUCCCUGAAGCAACUAGCAGAAACAUUGAUUCAGUGUCAAAACUAGAUUAUGCCGAUCUGGUUUUUUGCCCUGUACCACAAUUCUUACUUCGCCGUUUGCAACGAGUUCAAUUUGCUGCCGCAAGUUUUGUACUCGGUCACUAUGUUAAGAACUUUCGGGAUGUACUUAAAAUCGGAUGGCUUCCAAUCAAUGAGAGAAGAGAUCUGAACCUCCUGAAAUCAUGCUUUAAAGCUUUGUAUAACACUGAGACUUGGCCAGAUUAUCUUAAAAUAAUAAAACAGGAAUGCCGCAAGGAACUGCUCUCAAGCAAUUCAAUAAGAUUAGUGGCCCGACCGAAAACGGCACUUUCCAAGAUAAUGCGUCGAAUCUGUUUAACAAUCUAACAGAAACUAUUAGAAACUGUAAAGAUUACAGAACCUUUUUAAGACUUUCAAGGAAUUUUUUAUGUAACAGAGUACAGAGUGAUUAGUUAGUUUUACUGUAAUUUCGAUUAUGUUAAUCCUGCUUCUACUUUUAAUUAUAUAUUGCAUAAUUUGUAAAUAACUUAUAAUAAUUUGAUUUAUUUAAUUGUAAUUGAUGUACUUUAACAGGGAGGAGCCACCCAGUGGAUCUGUUAAUAAACCAUUAUUAUUAUUAUUAUUAUUAUUAUCAUUAUUAUUGUUAUUAUUAUUAUUAUUAUUAUUAUUAUUAUUAUGAUAUGUUUUGAACCUAGGAGUCACGUCAAAAUUAAAAUGAAUAUGUCCUUUUGUGUUAGUGCGUGCAGAAGUUAUUAUACCAGUCAAAGCGGCUUCUCUUUCCUCUGUUGUAGCCACAGAUGUUUGGCCUAAAACGGAUGGCAAAUUACUGAUAUCGCGGUUUAGCUGAUAGACGAGAAAUGACAUCCUGACUUUAUUGACUAGUCAUAAGAAAGCAAGAGAAGGAAAGUUACAUCUAAACUUUCAUUGAUUGUAGUGCUGUUUUAAUUGUAAAAAAACUUUGUUUCAGACCUGGCUGGUAUUUGAUGAGCUGAGCAAACCGUUCUUCACUGAGGGUAAUUCUGUAGGGUUUUUAAACAAAAAGCCACCAAAAGAUGAAGAUAACAACGCUUACUGCCAGGUGAGUAAAAAGGAAGAAAAACACAGUUGAAAUGACAUAUAAAAGGAAAUACCGUAUUUAUUCGAUUAAACGCCGCCCUCGAAUAGACGCCGCACCUAAUCAGAAGAAUGAGGCGUUUACUCGACGAUAAUAAGAAAAACCUCGGCACAACUUGGUAAUUUACACCAUUCAGACACUUACGAUUUUAUCUCAGCAAAAUAAGAGAGACAUUGGAACCUUAAAUUACAUAAUAUUUACAAACGAUUUACAAUAACUGUUGUCAGUGAUUUUUAAAAAAGUGAUUUCGCAAUAAACGCCGCAUUAGAAACGUUAAAAAUUAAAUAAUCGCCUUGGCGUUGUUCGAAUAAAUACGGUAAACACAAAUUUUAUGUCGGAAUACUAAGAGAAAAGAGGGCGGAAAAAUUGUCUUAAAAAUCAGAGACAGAUCUGUGAGCAGCUAAGAUUCUUUUCCUGUAGCAACAAAGUUCAUUUUAAAAAAGCGGACGCUUACUCCUUGGUUUCUAUAUUAGCGUAAUUUUUUUUCAGCUUAUUUAUUUUAAAUGACAGUUUGUGAAGUUUGAAAGAGGCUACAACACGACACCCUCGGUGUUACUUACAGCCAAUCACAGCAGCACGGCUCCUGGAAACUCCCCACCAGUGCAUAAUGGCAUUACAACAUGGAUUGAGGUAAAAGAAAGGAGAAGUGUGACGUCACGUUGUUACUGUAGCGAUAUAUGUUAAUCUUAACGACCUUUCUUGACAGACACCAUUUGCAUUGUCGAACGAUUGCUGAAAACUAUGGGCUAGCGUUUUUUGCUUUCUUUUCGGAAAUUUAUAAUUAUUAUCAGCACCACGGCUUGUUGUGAUCCGGAAAUUUUGCUACCACGGUAACGUGACGUAACGACUUCUCUUCUCUAUUUAAAGCAUCCCGUUUGUCGAAAAUCAUUGUCUUUUCUAAGCAAAGGAACAAACUAUUAAAAUGAUGCAAUGUCGGAGUCAUACACAGGUGUACUUCUUCCUUGAAAAGUCAUUAUGUUUGAUCGUACGGACCAGCCUGAUCUCCUAUUAGUGACGUCAUUCAUUCCACGGGCGGAAACCUAAUUGACUGGAAAUCUAUUUAAAUUAUAUUGUGCGGUGGGCACUUAAGUUUCCGGCGAAUUGAUGGAAUUGAGUUUUGAAUAUGUGCACCAGGUUGCUCAGCAUGAUUCAAAAUGGCCUUUCCAGAUGCUGCAUGUUACAUGUCAAAAAUUAAAAUCAGGUUAAAAUUUUUUUAAAUGUAUAGGUUGAUCAUCAAUUUCCUUUGUCUCCUAGCGCUAAUUCAUGUAAAAUGAGGACUGGGAGUCAAAGAAAAUUAAGAAUCAAUCUAGGUUGAAAAAUUUUAACCUGAAUUUAAUUUUGACCUGUAACAUUUAUAACCUUUGGAAGGGAAUUGUUAAAUAAUCGGACGGAUUUAUAUCAGAAAGCUGAGAGAACAGACAGUAAACAUCGCUGAUCAGAAAAUCACGUGUAUGUCUAUCCCCGAGUAUCCACAUCGUUGAAGAUUUGUUUGUCUUAGUAAGGUUUUUUUUUAUGAUACCCGGUGGGCAAAUUGUUAGAAAGGUGUAUCAUCAAAAGAAGAAUCUUACCAGUUCAAACUGAAGCGAAAAACCAAUUUGUGAAAACGGCCAGAUGCGCUUUAUUGGUACCUCGAUUUUUUUAUUUGCAGAACAUGAACGCAACCGGUUUCAGGGCGUGUUUGAAGGAGUUGUACGAGACCAGAUACGAUCCCGUGUCAGUGAGUUAUGUGGUACUUACAGGUGAGUUAGCAAGGAAUGUGGCUUUUCUUAUGCAGCAAAACCUUAUGUCUUAGUUAGAAGCAGUUUCACGUACGCUAAAUUAACAAAUGUCACGUGGAAUCAUUGCUUAGCGCUUUUAUAUCUGACUCGUGCCCAGUUGUCGCUCAGUUUCCUAUUGAUAAAACUAGAGAACCCUGGUCAGUGUUUCCUCCAUCCCAUCACCCCUCGCGCUCCCUUUAAUCACGCUUCUCGCGUUCUAUUCCUCGCGUGCCCUUCCGGCAUCCAAAUAGAGAGGACUAUUUUCUCAGGUUAUAAGAAUUCGUCAGCCCAAAGGCAUUAAUUCACUAGCAUAAGGCGCUAAGUAUGAAUUCCGGCGUAUCUUGGCAAUCCGUCGAAUUACGUCUCCAGUACUCUACUAACUGACAGCAUUAGCCAAUAGCCAUUACUGAGCUAGAGACCAUUUCUUAAAUAAAUUAAACUUUACGUCUCCGCAGAUAUCUGUGAUCCUGGAUGGAGCUAUUUCAAUGGAUUCUGUUAUUUUACGAGUGAAAAAUGCCUUAACUGGACAACAGCUCUCACCAAAUGUCGUCAGGAAAACUCGGUCCUUGUUGAUGUUACUAAUGAUGAGGAAAAUGUUUAUAUUCAACAUCGCCACAAUGGAAAAAAAUCCUGGCUGGGCUUGAAUGACGUCUCUACGGAGGGUAACUUCACUUGGGCUGAUCGCGGUGAGGGGAACUUUACAGCUUGGGCGAAGAAUCAGCCAAACAACUUAAACGAAGAAGACUGCGUUCACGCACUCGGUCUUAGAUACAACUAUGAAUGGAAUGACGUGAAAUGUAGUGAUUGUCAUCAGUACACUUGUAAGAAAGGUAAGACGAUAGCACUAUUAAGCACUGUGUGUUUUUCUAUUUGUUUCAGACGCUUCAGUGGUACUUGUUACCAGUUACAGCUUGCUUUUGCAAAGCGGAAGUCAAUAAUACUAGCUUACACUGUUUGAUGUGAACAAAAAAAAUUUUAGCUGAAAAACCAUUAACAAAAACAUCUUCACCACUUAUUACAAAGCUUAUCUUUUUUUGACAAUAAAAUGAGUGUGAGCCUUCAUAUAAAGACUUUGUAAAGAAAAAAUUUUGCAUAAUGAAAGAUGUUAUUAACAGUGGUAUGCCUUUGUAUGGUAGAGCUCGUUUAUCGUUGUUUUCAAUAUAGUCACUUUGUUCUUCAUCGCAACGAAUUGACUGUGUACUGCUAGUCAGUGUGCUAUUCUUCAUCAGAGGAUGUUGUCGAUUUACUGCAUGUAACACUGGACGAAAACGGAUUUACCUCUAUAGCAAAUUUGGAGCAAACCAUCUGCAAAUGCAACAUUUUCUUAAUUUGCUCAAUUUUGCCUCAUGACGUAGGACCAAAUUUGCCAUAAUUUUGAUUUAAUGGCAAAGGUGGUAUAUGCCGCAUUUGCCUCAAAUUUGCCGCGUGUCUAAAAACAAGGAUAACCGUUACUUUAUCAAGGCAUUUACGGGGGUGUCAAACUUGAUAGCAAAACUGACAUUUGUCAGGUUUUUGCCCGAAUGGGCAAAAGCGAUCGAAGAUGAAUUUUUGAACGCUUUUGCUCUCUAUAGCAAAUUCGGUCAAAGUAGUAAUUUCCCACAUUUUUGCUCAAUGUAGUAAAAGUGACCACAACUCAUUUUUCAACAGUUUUGCCCAGGAUAGUAAAUCUGAGCAAAUAUUCAUCUUAUUUGUGUUUCUCCCAGUGUAGUAAAUGAGGUCAAAUUAUCACUUCUUUCGUAUCUUUGCUCAGUGUGGCAAAUAUGAUCAAAAUAGUCGUUUGCCACUGUUUUGCUCAGGGUAGCAAAUUUGGCCAAAUACCACUUUAUUCUCAAUUUUGCUCAGGAUGACAAAUAUGAUCAAAACAGUCGUUUCCCAUACUUUUCCCCAUUGUAGCAAAGUUGAUUAAAUAUCAGUUCUUCUGCAUCUUUGCUCAGGAUGGCAAAUAUUGCCAUAAUAGCAGUUUUCCAUACUUUAAGUCAGGAAAACAAAGUUGAUUAAUAUAUCACUUUUUUAAACUUUCGCUCAAGAUAGCAAAUUUGAUCAAAACAUCAUUAUCCACAUGUUUCUUAUUUUUAUUUGGUACCAUAAAUGACUGACAAACAAUUUGGACACCAACCAAAAUUUCAAGAAUAAAAUGACUUUAUUAUCCUUAAUAUACACUGUACAAUAAAAAGUAAGCUAAAUUAAAAGAAAGUUCCAUUGGCCUCUGCAGGGCACUGCAUGUAUCAAAAAAUGUAUGCCUUUAAAUAAAAAGCAUGUAAAUUGUGAAACUAACUAAAUUCAUACGUGUAUAAGAAUAUACAUUGGGUUUGAAAGUACAAGUCAACACUGGCUGGUUCAUAAUUAUCUAAGGUUGGCCCAGGUUAAACGUAACUCCAUUUGAGUGGUAUACUUCAAAUAUACUCUUUCUAGGUUCAAUUGAUACUAUUGGCAAAUGGUCGUAAGAUAACAACACGUACGCAUCACUCCCAAUGUAUAUGUAGGUGUGACAUCUUUACUAAUGGACAAAACAUCAACCACAGGAAAUAAAAUUAGCUCCAAAUUAUCAUGAUAAGCGAUAUUCCUCAAAUAAUUAUUUAUAAGAACUUGCUUUCAUCUGAUAAAUAUUAUCCACUACCCAAAAUAGGCAGUGAAUAUAUAUUUGCACCUCGCCAUAAUUUAUAUAGUGUAUCUAGUGCUAUUCACUGACCCCAAGGGGAGAUAUGAUUCAUUCUUCACCAAAUCAGUUAUAUAAAAAUAUUUUUUGUAAAUAAAAUGUGUUACUAUGCGAAAGCUCUGUGCAUUUGUGCAUUUCUAUGAUUUCGGACUAUUAGUAGCACCGCGGUUGCUAGUGAUUCGUGCAUUAGAAUCGAAUUAGAGCCUCACUUAUGGUUAGAGGGCCGCUGGUUUCGAUCCCAAGCAUUUUUAAAAUUGUUAGUGUGAGAAGCUCUUCCCUCAGCAGGCCACUGUCGUAUCGAUCGGCUGCCGUGUUUUCUCCUUCUAGGCAUCCACCCUUUGAAAACUCGAUUCCACUGUCUCUAUUGUAGGAUGGACUCUUAUGUAUGUCUCUGUCAUGUUCCUUAAUUCAUUCUUCUUUAUGCGUGAAUUUCCUAUUUCACUAGUGUAUACUUCAACUCAUUUGCGAGCAAUCUACCUAUCUCGACACCACCGUUAUAUAACAUAUACCAAUUAAACGUUCUAUUUAUCCUGUCUUUUAAUUAGAUUUCAACGAAUGCGAAAAGAAGACACAUUAUUGUCACCCAUUUGCCCAAUGUGUCAAUGAACGUGGAUCCUAUUCAUGCAAGUGCAAGCCUGGAUUAGUUGGAAAUGGAUUUCGCUGUCAGACCCCGAGAUCCUGCUCUGAUAUCAGGAAAAGCGUCAGCAACGUAAGCAGAAACUAUGUGAUUGAUCCAGAUGGCGACGGAGGUCUGCCACCAUUCACAGUUAACUGUGACAUGACUGACAAGAAUGGUGUUGGCGUGACAGUCAUCAGUCACGACAGUGAGAGUAGAACUCAUGUGAAUGGUUAUGAAGCUCCAGGUAGCUACUCACGUGACAUUCAUUACACAGGAGCGAGUCUUUCUCAGCUGGCGAAACUCACCAGUGUCUCUUCACACUGUGAGCAAUUCAUUAAAUAUGAGUGUUACAAUUCUUAUUUGCUUCUCAAUGGCUAUGCCUGGUGGGUGUCACGUGAUUAUACUAAAAUGACAUACUGGGGCGGAGCAUCACCUGGCAGUGGUAAGUGCGCAUGCGGGAUGACCAAAUCAUGUACAAACCCCAGUCGUGUUUGUAACUGUGACGCCGUAAAAUUAGCCUGGUAUGAAGACGGCGGUCUCCUAACUGACAAGACAAAGCUCCCAGUUAAACAGCUCAGGUUUGGUGAUACUGGUGCUAAUAGGGAGGAAGGUUACCAUACGCUGGGCAAAUUGAAAUGCUAUGGCGUAGCGUAA